CAAAACAACACACUAAGCGACCGUUUAUUCAGCAUAGGUACUUACCUAUCAAACACCCUGAUGUUAAAUUUUUGGGGGACACAGUUUUUCUUUCCUUCUCCCAAUUUAAAUAGCAGACACGACCCCAUCAUGAUGGGACGAUGCCGCCUUCAGCACUCCCUAGCCUUUUCCUAGACAUCAAGAUAUCGAAGCCGUGCGUGCUCUGCAGCACGCCGUGAAUUUCCGCACCAUGUCAACCUCAUUCGGCCAGAAUAUCUUGUCCGUGUUCGAUGUUUGGGAAGACUCGUCGUUGUUUCUCUCUGAAAUCUUGGAAUCCGGAGAUGCGCCAAACGAUGAAGUGCAAUGCCUCUUCAACCAGAGCUUGACUGGCGGCGCUGAGGACUGGCAUUAUCUGGUUGACUGUGCACGGUCAAUACGUUCCACUCAGGAUCGCCAUCCUGAAAGCCUCGAUGGCAGCGAUAUUCUCAGCUUUGUCUGGGAAAUAUUCGAUGGAUACGACGGUGCAUUGUCAUCUCCCCAGCCUUGGGGAGAAACCGAUCGUUUGAUUGCACUCGCCAAAGACCUGGAGAGAGACGUUGGAAUCCUGCCGCCUUCGCUGCCUACUUUGCAACCAAUCCACGAAAAUGCAUCACGAGCACGACCACGCGUCAAGAAACAGCGGCCAGGAACGACGUCUCACUACUGGUCCGACGAGCCUUCGCAUCAGACGAGCAAAAGAAACGAUAAGCAGGGCAAUCUCUCCAAUGAUCGCCAAUCCAAUCAGGUACGGAUAUAUGACCAGACUAUCCAUCAGGGUGCCGGCACUGCUCUCCUUGCUGUUAAGCCAAUUUCGGAUACACAGCCUUUGAACGUCUUAUCAUCACUUGAUAGUUCUCGCCUUAACAACCUGAGCCCAUGCAACUCCUUUUGCAAACUGAAGAAUGAGAAGGAGACGCCGCAUAGCAAACAUUCAACAAAAUCGCCCUACUUUCUGCAAAAAUCGUCACCCAAGGAAGAAUCGCCGAAGAAGAAGCGACCGCCGCCGGGAACAAUUUCUUGUAUCCCGUUCCCUCCUCUCGACUCGCCGUCGUUUGGCAUCAUUCAAGAGGAGCUGGCUCAUGAUGCGUUUUGGCUGCUCAUUGCCAUUACAUUUCUCAUAAAGACAAGCGGACAGGUAGCUUUACCUGCGUUUCGUCGAGUGAAGGAGCGGUUUCCUACGCCAUCACAUCUGUUAGAUCCAUCAAUCAAGGAAGAACUCCUUGACAUGAUACGUCACCUAGGACUAUCCAAUGUACGGCUUGCAUAUAUCCUGAGGUACGCAACUGCUUUUGUGCACCAGCCACCAAAGCCCGGUGUGCUGUAUCGAGUGAGAAACUACGAUAAACGGGCCAUAAGCCCUACACCAAGAGAUCUCGGCAACGGCGAUUCGCAGGAUUCAGAAAUGUCGCAUCUACCAUCAGACGGCGGCGAUCAGGACCUUGAGGCGUGGGAAAUCGGCCACAUGACUCAGGGCAAGUAUGCCAUCGAUAGCUGGCGCAUAUUUUGUCGUGACGAAUUACUGGGUCGAGCUGAAGAUUGGAACGGAAAAGGCCGCGAGGCUGAAUUUCAACCUGAAUGGAUGAGGGUGAAACCAGCCGACAAGGAGCUGCGAGCCUGCUUGCGGUGGAUGUGGAUGCGCGAAGGCUGGGAAUGGGACCCGACAACAGGCGAACGCACGGUAUUGAGGGAGGAGAUGCGAAGGGCCGUCAAUGAAGGGAGGGUCGAGUAUGAUGAUACGGGGGCACUGAGAAUUUUGGCCGCGGGAGGAAUCUGA